CCCACCCGGGGCCCAACGCGCCGCCUCCAUCUUGUGCCGCCGCCGCCGCCGCCGCCGUCGCGACAUCACCGGCCCCGGGACAGGCCCCGCCUCCGCCUGCUCCUUUAACACCGCCCGCGGCAGGACGGGGCCCCGUGACGUCACUCCCAGCCCAGCCAAUGAGCAUCCAGGAGGCCCGGCCGGCUGUGACCCCUCCCCGAGGACCCCCGGAGCAGCAACACCCAGUCCAUGAGGGCCCCGCGCACAGGUGGCCGGCGCGGGGAUGGCUCCGGUCGUGGAGGUGUCGGACGCCGGGCACUGCCGGGCGCUGCUGCUGGAGCUGAAUGAGCAGCGCCUGCGGGGCCAGUUCUGCGACGUCACCAUCAUCGCCGAGGACACCAAAUUCCGCGCCCAUAAGAACGUCCUGGCAGCCUCCAGCCCCUUCUUCAAGCGGGCGCUGGCCCAGGAGCCCACCUGCCCCUCGCCCGCCCAGGUGCUGGAGCUGCCGGGCGUCCAGGCCGGCGUCUUCUCGGACGUCCUCAACUUCAUCUACAACUCGCGCCUGGCCGUGCCCUCCGGCGGCCGCGCGCGGGCGCUGGGGGCCGUGGGCCGGCGCCUCGGCAUCCCCUCGCUGCAGGGGCUGGAGGCCGGGCCCCCGCCGCGCGACAUGAACGGCACCUGGACCCCCCCUCCACCGGCGGGGCCGGCGGGGGACCCCCGAGCACCCGCGGCCCCCGUGGACCUGACCUGCCCGGCGCGGCCCGGUGAGACGGCGACCACGGGCGGGGAGACGGCGCCGGGCGGGGACACGGUGACGGCGUCUCCGUCCCCGGUGUCGCGGCGUCGCCCCUCGUCGCCGGCGGCGCUGCGGUGCGGGCUGUGCGGGCGCGGCUUCAGCUCGGCGGCCGCGCUGGGCUUCCACGCCAAGCUGCACCGCGGGCGCCGCGGGCUGUGCUGCCGGCACUGCGGCAAGAGCUUCAUCCACGUCAAGCGCCUGCAGACGCACGAGGUCGGCUGUCGCGACGGCGACGGCGACACCGCCGCCGACACCGCCGCCACCACCGCAACCGGCGCCGUCACCGCCGGCGCGGUCACCACCACCACCGCCACCACCGCCACCGCGGCCAGCACGGCGGCGCCGAAAGCGGCCAAGAAGGCGCUGCUGCUGCGUCACCGCGCGCUGGAGCCCGGCGCGGAGCAGGAGCCGCUGGUGAAGGUGGUGGACGGGCAGGUGCUGUACCUGUGCGGCGUGUGCCAGCGCUCCUACAUGACGCUGUCCAGCCUGAAGCGCCACGCCAACGUCCACUCGUGGCGCCGCAAGUACCCGUGCCGCUACUGCGACAAGGUCUUCGCGCUGGCCGAGUACCGCACCAAGCACGAGGUGUGGCACACGGGCGAGCGCCGCUACCAGUGCAUCUUCUGCUGGGACACCUUCGUCACCUACUACAACCUCAAGACGCACCAAAAAGCCUUCCACGGCAUCAGCCCGGGGCUCAUCGCCUCCGAGAAGACGCCCAACGGCGGCUACCGGCCCAAGCUCAACGCGCUCAAGCUCUACCGCCUGCUGCCCAUGCGGGCGCACAAGCGGCCCUACAAGACCUACAGCCAAGGCGCGGUGCCCGACGGGGCCGUGCUACCGCCGGCCCACGCCGGGGGACGCCGCCGUCACCGCCUACCCCGCGCCGCGGCCGGAGCCCGCUUCGGUCAUCGCCUACGGCCGCGCGGCGCCUUCGGUCAUCGUGCAGGGCGGGCGGCGGCAGCGGUGCCGCGUCGGUCAUCGCCUACAACGGCCGGGCCGGCGAGGAACCGCCGGGGCUGCCCGAAGGGCCGGCGGCGGCACCGCGCGCGGCCGCGGCGGCCGCCGAGGGCACCGCGGCCGCGGCCACCACCCCUCAAAACCCCUCCGCGGGCAGCGGUGCCGGUGGCGGUGGGCGGUGGCGGCAGCACCGGUGGCGGUCGCACCAUGACCUACGUGGCCAAGCCGGCGUACGCGGGCUCGGCGGCGGGCGAGGGGCUGUGCCAGAUCACCGUGCGCAUCGGCGAGGAGGCCAUCGUCAAACGCCGCAUCUCCGGCACCGACCUGCGCGGCGACGGCGGCGGCGGCGGCGGCGGCGACGGUGACACCCAGCGCGGGGACAAUGACAACGACAGCGACGCCGAGGACCGGCUCUGGCGGCCCUACUACUCCUACAAGCCCAAAAAGAAGGCGGCCGGCGGCACCGGGACCCCCGGAGGUGGUGGCACCGGUGGCACCGGGACUCCCGGGGCCAAGAAGCCGCGCUGGCGGCGCAAGCUGCGCUCGCUGCGCCGGGCGCCGGGCGACGACGGCGACAACGACAACGGCGAGCGCCGCGCCGCUGCCGGUGGCCCACGGGAGCCCGGGGAUGCCCCGCGGCGCCGCGAGCGGCACCACCCGUGGCCGGGCGUGCGGGAAGAGCUUCCCGGCGUUGCGGAAGCUGCGCAAGCACCAGCGGCUACACGAAGCCGCCGCCGCCGCGGUGCCGCCGCUCGCCCCGGGAACGGCCCCCGCGGGCCGCGUGGGGCGGCGACCGUCGCUGCGCUUCACCUGCCCCACCUGCGCCAAGGUGUGCAAGACGGCGGCCGCGCUCAGCCGCCACGCGCAGCGGCACCGCCAGCGCUCGCCGGGAUCGCCGCCGAGGUCGCCACCACCGCCGAGGUCGCCGCCACCGACGAGGUCGCCACCGCCAACGAGGUCGCCGCCACCACCGCGGUCGCCACCGAGGUCACCGCGCUCACCGGCCCCCGCCACGGUCAUCGCCUACACGCCGCCGGCCGCGGGCAGGGAGGAAGGCCCGGCGGAUAAAGGGGGGGGUCCCGCCGUCCCCGGGGCUCGCCAACGCGGCGCCGCCAGCCGCGGGUGACGCCGGGGGGGCUACCGGGGGUACCACCGGGGUUGCCACGGGCGGGGACGGCGCCGGGGGGUUCCCGGUGCAGGAGCAGCCGCUGGCGCUGCUGUGCCGGCCCGGGGGAGGGGACCCCGAGCUUGGGGACGGCUCCGGGGUGCCGGGGACACCGAGGGGGGGGUCCCCGCGUCCCUCCGGCCCCCGCCGCGUUCCCGUUGUCCUUCGGGCCCCGCUUGGUGGCCGCGUACCCCUUCCCCUUUCCCCUCCCCCUCGCCCUCGUCCUCCCCGACCCCGAGCGCGGCUUCCUGGCGGGGGGAGGGGCCGGGGGCUCCGGGGGGGGGGCUCCCCCCGCGCCCCUCCCCCCCAGCACGGCCCCCA